CAUGGUUGUUGACUUUCCGCUUUGAGAAGAGGGUGAUGGGCAAUAUGGCGCGCUGUUUUCUCGCCCAACCCGGCCGUACUCGGGAGGUGACUCUUGUUGACUGCUGCCCAAGGACCAAAGGGUACCAAGAUGGCGUGUGUCUGUCUACUCGUACAUCUACUGGCAAAGAUAUGAACAGAACUGGGAGCCAGCACUGCUCAAGUAAUAAAGAAUAGUUCAUGGACAAUAGCCUAGUGCUCCUGGUUCAUCACAUCACAUUAGUUGGAUCACUUGCUGUGACUCUGACGACGCCUUGUUCUCUUCAAGCUCUUUUCCGGUUUAUCACAGGCACUUUGUUUCCGUAUUCCCGUACCAUGGAGGCAAGGCCCCUCAUUAGCCUAUCCGAAGCCGCUCUUUUCAACGUAUCAGGGAGGGCUGGAGGGCUCCUUGUCACUGCCCAAUGGCUCGCCACAUGUCUGGCACGGCCUCAUUGGAGCAUCGGGAGCUCGACGUGCGUGCUUCUGACUGGCAGCGAUAUGCUCCAAUCAUGGGUGGGCCGGCCGUACCCGCAGUGUCUCUCACUUCCAUUGUAUCGUACAUGGUCGAUAUUCGCCGAAGCUCUUGCAUGGCGGCUGCGACUCUAAGUGUCAAUGUCAGUGUCAGCGUCAGUGAUAGUCAAUGACAAUGGCAAUGGCAGUUCUUAUCAGUCAAUCAUCUCCUUGGCCACAUCAUCAAUCGACGACAUCAGUCGACUUGAUCCCGUCCAAUCAGCAUUUGUGUUGUGCUCCCGUUGG